CUCCGAAGAUAGGGGCUCCCUUUUAAAUGCCCUGGGCAGAGAAGCGGUGUGUGGCCUCCCGACCGCUAGGGGGCGACGGGCACGCAUUUAAGCGCCCGCGGCGGGGCUUCCUCUCACUUGUGCGCAUGCUCCGGGCGUCCCGGAGGUUUCCUGCGCUGGUGUUCCCACGUGCGGCCUGAACCUGAGGGCAUAAUGUUAUGAGGAGAUGGGAGCCCUAGUGAUUCGCGGUAUCAGGAAUUUCAACCUAGAGAACCGAGCGGAACGGGAAAUCAGCAAGAUGAAGCCCUCUGUCGCUCCCAGACACCCCUCUACCAACAGCCUCCUGCGAGAGCAGAUUAGUCUCUAUCCAGAAGUUAAAGGAGAGAUUGCUCGUAAAGAUGACAAGCUGCUGUCGUUUCUAAAAGAUGUGUAUGUUGAUUCCAAAGAUCCUGUGUCUUCCUUGCAGGUAAAAGCUGCUGAAACAUGUCAAGAGCCAAAGGAAUUCAGAUUGCCGAAAGACCAUCACUUUGAUAUGAUAAAUAUUAAGAGCAUUCCCAAAGGCAAAAUUUCCAUUACAGAAGCAUUGACACUUCUCAAUAAUCAUAAGCUUUUUCCAGAAACCUGGACUGCUGAGAAAAUAGUGCAAGAAUACCAGUUAGAACAGAAAGAUGUGAAUUCUCUUCUUAAAUAUUUUGUUACUUUUGAAGUCGAAAUCUUCCCUCCUGAAGAUAAGAAAGCAAUACAAUCAAAAUGAAGAAAAUCACAAAAAUUUCCUGUGUGUACUCCUCAUCCCUCCUCCUGUAUAUUUUCUCAUUUUUUGCAUAUUAAAUUAUGUUAAUUACCAAAUAUUUAAUGCUCUUAUUGUAAAGGCAUACUCUUAAUAUUUAUUGAGCUCCCUGACUUUUCAAGAUUGCCAUAGAAAAUAUUUUGUUUUAAUUUGGUUUAGGCAUAUUUCGUAAGUGCAUGUCAGCGUGACUAAUCAGCACAUCUGUACCUUUAUUAUGGUGAAAGAGUUAAUUUGUUAUUUUAGGCACAUACACCAACUUUUAAAUUGGUCAUAUUACCCCUUGGGAAAUGUCCUGAAUCCCUCAACUGAGUUUUACUUUCCAAAUUAGGUAUUUAGUUCAUUCUUCAUAUGUGAUAGUGAAAGUAAAAGCUUUCCUGACCCUUAAGACUGACAUUUUCUUGCUAGGGAAAGAGACUCGAUAGCAGGGUAGACUAACAGUAUUUCCCAAAUAAAGGCACACAGGAGAAAACGAAUCAAUAGAAUCUAAUUAAAAUUACUACUCCAGGGAAUAAGAAGUAUUGAGGAUUUAUUUUAUUUUGAAUUGGUUUUAAGUAUGGAAUAAUUGUCUUUACAGUUAUAAAAAGUAAUUAGUGGUGUUUACAAAAUGUUGGGAAUUUCUGCUUUGACAGAUAGGUAAGUCCCAUGGGAAUUUCUGCUUUGACAGGUAAGUCCCAUGGCCUUCAGAGAGGCAAGCAGCAGUAGAAACUUUCAAAAAAGUAUCAUUUCUCUGGAUUUAACGUGGAAAUAGAGAAAAAUUUAAAGAAUAAUUUAAAAACCAUGGUAAGUGAAAUUUGGUGAUUACAUAUAGUUUCGGAUGUUAAUGCUAGUUGAGAGAAGAGAGAAAAAUAGCAAGUAGAAGCAGAGAACAGAUCAUUGGAAGGAACCUGAGAAAUUGCCGCUUCAUCCAUUUUAGCAAAUUUAAUUAGCAUAGCAUGUACCAAUACUAGGAUCUUGAGUGAGAGUGUGUGAGUUUAGCUCUGCCUAAUAUAUUACUACUUGUGGGUUCUUUGGGAGACUGUAUCUUCUUCGAGAUUGAAUUUCUUCUAUAAAAUGAGCAUAAUGCUACCUUAAAUGUAAGGGUUAUCAUGAAGAUAAAUAAUAAAGGGCUACAAAGGACCAAGCAAAUAGGAAUUCUUUUUUGCGGUGGAGAAACAAGUGCCUGGGGAGAAUAUAUGACCUAAGGUUCUGUAGUUUAUGACCUAACCAGGCCCAGAAUUUAGUUUUUCAAAUCCUAGUAAUGUGUUUUUUCUGUCUUGCCAAAAAGUAGCAAACCUCAAAGAAGGGAAAAUAUGUGAAUUGUGGGUAUAUUAGGGUUAUUAGUGCUUCCGAGAGAAGAUAGGCGUCACUACUUCCCAGAGAUGCCCCUGGAAAUGGUAUAGAGGAUGUUGAACAAUUCAACGUGAUGACGGAAUGAGGCAUUUGUAGUAAUGCUGAGAACAGAAAAAUGGACUAAGUGGAAAAUUUGUAAGCAUGUCUUUGAAUGUAGAUUUGUUAUGUGAACAAACUACCUAGUUUAUUUUUAGUUCAAUACAAUAAUUGUUUUAAGAAAACAUGAAAUAACUACUCAAUAUAAAAUGCAUUUUAAAACUAAAUAAAAACUUUAUUCUUUUUA